GCCUACAAACGCCACGUUUCCCUCCUCUUAAAAGCUCCGAACCCUCUCGAUCCCUCUCCUUAACGAAGCUAUAAGUUGUAACGCAAACACUCUCGAUAACUCGAAUAACAAUUUUUUUUUUGGGUGGGAUUUAGCGAUCUUGAUUCUCUUGUGAACGCAGAACAUUCUUCUAGGGAUUUGGAUUCGAUUGUCUUGAAAAAAAAAAACAAUGAAGAACACCUGGACCAUAUCGAUGAUAUUCUUUACAUGUUCUCUGUUGUUAUACGCCUCCGUAGAGUCAAAAUCUCUUGACCCGUAUAAGGUACUAGGAGUAGAAAAGGAUGCAAGUUCGAGGCAAAUUCAAAAAGCUUUCCACAAGCUCUCUCUUCAAUAUCAUCCCGAUAAGAAUAAAAAUAAAGGCGCUCAGGAAAAGUUUGAAGAAAUAAAUAACGCAUAUGAAAUUUUAUCGGAUGAAGAAAAGAGAAAAAAUUACGAUAUGUACGGGGACUCAAGGGGGAACCCGGGAUUCGAUGGCGGAGCCCAUGGCGGCCAUACCUACUUCCGAAGCGGCGGUGGGCCAGGGCACGGCGGCGGGUUCACAUUCUCACCGGAUGAAUGGCAGACAAUGGGCGGUCAAAGCGGCGGGUCAAAAUCAUAUUCAUUUUCCUUUGGCGGAAGUGGCGGCGAUAGUCCAUUCGGUUUCGAUGUCGGCGACGUUUUUUCCAACUUCUUUGGUGGCGGCAUGGGCGGCGGCAUGGGUGGCAGUGGGAGUCAGUUUGGCGGAUUUGGUGGUGGUGCUAGGAGUUCUCCUAAAAACAUGGUUUCAAUUAAUUCUCAAUUGUAUAAAAAAGAGGUAAUUGAAAAAGGAGUCACAUGGCUUUUGUUAUCUUAUACCCCAUCAAUGAAGGGUACACAACACUUUGAAUCCAUCAUAGAGGAAAUUGGAAACUCACUCAAAGGGGCAUUGGAGGUGGGAAGUGUGAAUUGUGAAGUGGAAUCAUCUUUUUGUAAAGAACUCGGUAUUCGCCCUAAGAAUAAACCACGUGUCUACAUUUAUUCAUAUAAAUCAAUAGAAAUUGGUUCAUUAAUCGAGUACACUGGUGAUGGAACCCUAAAAGAUUUGAAAUCAUUUGUUCAAGAUCAUUUCCCAAAAUUCUCAAAACGUCUCACAUUGACUGAAUUCGAGACCAAGUUUAACACCAUUGAAUCUUUACCAAAACUCAUCCUUCUUUCUACCAAAAAAGACACUCCCGUUAUAUGGCGUGCACUUUCCGGAAUGUUCCGGAAGCGUUUCAUCUUCUAUGAUACACAAGUGAAAGAUGUUUCUGAUCCGUUGGUGGAAAACCUAGGAGUGGAUAAACUUCCGGCUGUGAUUGGUUUGCUAUCGAAUGGAGAGAUGAAGGUUUUGAAAAGUGGGAUUCAUGUAAAAGAUAUGAAAUCAACAAUUAAGGAACUUGGGUUGUUGUUUGAUGGAUUUGAGAAGAAAAACAAGAAGUUAGGAGGUUCAAAUUCAGAUAAUGAAGGGAUCCCUUUGUUGAGAGCUACAAAUUUUGAUCUGAUUUGUGGGGAAAAAACACCGGUUUGUGUUAUUGGUGUUUUUAAAUCGGCUAAAGGAAGGGAAAAGCUUCAUAAGAUACUCUCAUCUGUGUCACAGAAGUCGUUAUUGAGGAGACAAAAUCCAGCUUCGGGUCCAAGGGAUUCGGUUUCUUAUGCUCUUUUGGAUGCUUCAAAUCAGUCGUCGUUUUUAUAUGCUUUUGAUAAAUCAGGGUUUAAAUCAUUGGACAUGUUAUUGGUGGCGUAUAAAUCACGUAAGUCAAAGUUUUCAGCUUUUACAGGGGAUGUGACUUUUGAGGAAGUGGAGAGAUUUGUGGGUUCGGUUCUUAAUGGGGAUGUUCAGUUUAGUAAGACAAGGCAAAAACCUACGCUUAAGUGAACAUUUUUGGGUUUUCUUUUUUAAUGAUAGUUUUUGGAGAAAGAGUGUAUAGGACAUUGGGCAUUUGGCCUUUAUAUUGUAAAUGUGAAAUGUUAUGGUUAUGAUUUGGGGAUACCAAAAAGUCCCUUAUAGGUACAAAAUGAAAUCUAAUGUUCCAAAUCUGAUUAUUUGUUUCACAUGAUUGGAAAAGGAAACUAUAAACAUUUUAGGGUGCUA